GGAAGGCAGAUGAGGCUCCUGCCACGAAGACCAAGCGGGGGGCCAGUUUCUGGGCCCAAGAGGAUCCAGUCGGGGCCCAAGGAAGGAGGCGGAGCAGGCAGUGAGCGGCAGGAACCCGGUCCGCCGGACCUCCGUGGCAUCCGCAGAUACAUCCGGUGGGAGCCGGACGCCCAGCAGGUCCAAGGCCGUGUCGGCCAGGGGCCUCCAGGCGCCACACCCCUCGCCCUCUGGGGCCCGGCCACGGCCAGGAGGAGUGCCGGACAGGGAGAGGCCAAGUGUGGGAGGGGGACUGCGCCUCGCUGUGGGCAGUACUGCGUCCCCUGCAGGGAUGCCCAAGACGCGUCUGACGGAGCGUGCCGGUGUCGCCGUUGCAACCAAGCUGUCAACGAACCCAGGCACCGGGCCAGCCGACCCACCUCCUCCUCCAGGCUGCCCUUGAAGGGACCCCCAAAAAGCCCCAGCUCCUUGGCCCAGACCAGUAACCGCGGCCCCCAGCCCCUCGUGGCCUCGUCCCUGGGUCCAGCUCCCCGGCCGGAUGAGCGCCCCCCCUGUCCUGGCAUCAGUAAGGGAACCUCCAGUCCCAGGACUGGAACCAAGCCCCUCAUCGCCAAGCCGAUAUUCAGGCGGAAUGCAACCCCAGUACUCCAGACAACAGCCGGUCCCAGUACCCUCCCCCCAAGGCCAGCCGCAAGCCCCAUGCCAAGGACCAACUCAGCAAGAACUCAGCACCCUCCCACCCCUACACAAGUGGAUAGGAGCCGGCUGAGGUCUUCCCUCAGGAGCCCCCGGGUACAUGGCCAGCCGGACCCCCCCUUGGCUCAGCCCAAGCUUCCCGGACCGAGGCCCGCCUCUCGGCUCCAGCAGCGGCUCCAGCAGCAGCUGGGCUCUGUGACACGUGUCGUGGAGGCCCUGACCGUGGUAGUGCAGCACAUCUCUGCUCAGCAUGAAGACGACCUGAAGCAGAAGAGGCAGCUUUCUGUGGAGCUCAUGGAUCUGCGGGUGGAGCUAGGCACUCGCACUUCCCUAUGUGAGCGUCUCCAGCAGGAGAAGGAGGAGGUGCGUGUGACUCUGGAGGACGCCCUGAAGGAGGCGCGGGAGCAGCAUGAGCGUGAGCUGGCCGAGCAGAAACGGCAGUUGGAGAAGCUCUUCAGUGUACAGUGUGAGGAGCAGACCAGGGUGUACCAGGAGGCGCUGGACCACUACCAGGGCCUCAUGCAGCAGGAGAUAGAGGCACAGCAGAGCAAGAUGGAGACCAGUCAUGCCGAGGCCGUGGAGAAGUUCACCCAGCACUACGAGGCAGCACUGGAAGAAGACAGGAGGACGCAUCAGGAGGACAUGCAGGUGUUGAGCCAGACGCUGCGUGAGCAGAUUGAGUGUCUGAUGGUGGAGAACAGCGCCCUCAAUGAGAAACUGAAGGUCCAGGAAGACAGGAGGAGGAAGCUGGCUGAGAAAAAUCAGAAGGACUCCCACACCUUGUACCUGGAGCAGGAGCUGGAGAGCCUCAAGGUGGUGCUGGACAUCAAGACCAAGCAGCUCCACCAGCAGGAGAGGAAGCUGAUGCAGAUGGACAAGCUGGUCGAGGCUAAUGUGAAACUGGAGGAAUCUCUGAAGAAGGCUCAGCAGGAGAAUGAGGACUACAGGGUUCGGAUGGACAAGCAUGCAGCGUUGUCAAGGCAGCUCUCCACGGAGCAGGCCGUCCUGCAGCAGAUCCUGCAGAAGGAAUCCAGCGUGAACAAGCGGCUCUCUAUGGAGAACGAGGAGCUGCUCUGGAAGCUGCAGAACGGGGAUGUGGGCAGCCCCCACAAGCUGUCUCCCUCGUCCCCCCUGCAGUCUCCCCACAGCUCUAUGUUCUCACCCAGAUAGCAUCACUGGGGGGAGGGGGCGUGUCUGAGCACACCCUGGAAGGAAAGGGGUGGGGAGGGAGGGAGGGCAGUGUCUGCCACAGGUCCAUCCAGCUGGAGUGUCUGACUGUAACAUAAGACAUUGUUGCACAGAAGCACUUACAAAGCAAGGACCGCCUUGCCCUUUGCCUUUCUGUGGAAAACAAACAUAUCCUGCAUCAUUUCUCAGGGCCCUUACGUAGCAUCCCACUGUUUAAUUCUUGCAUACUUUUUUUUUGACAAGAUUAGGAAAACUGUAGUGGGGUAUAGCGUAAAAGGUUUUUUUUUUUUUUUUUUUUUCCCUUCGUUUCCCCCCUCUCCCCAUUUGUAAUUUGAAAUGGGAACCUGGAUGCCUUACAGAAGGUACUCAGGACUGAAGCUCCCUCCAGUGGUCAGAUUGCAGAAGUGCAGUGAUGGUGUCCUGCAUCCUUUUACCCUGCCUGAUGGGGGAACUGUAUGAAGCACCACUGAGCGCCAUAUGAGCUGUAAAAUGCCCGUGUGCUUCCUGCUCUUAUUUUCUACAUGCAUUUGAGAUUUCAGUAUUGCUGCCUGAGUAUGUAACCUGACACUGAACGCGAUGUUUCUUGUACUUGUGGCUUGACCAGAAUGAUCUAGCUUGCUCCUUUUUUAUUUUAGAAACUAAUAAAGGUAAAAUGAUCGUGAGCUUCUGACUGAGUGCAUCGCCAUGGAGGCAUUUAGCUCUGUGACUUGGUCUUUUAAUCACAGAACCCAGCCUGUAGUUCCCCCAGCAGUGGCUCUGGUGCUGUUGGCUCCCAUGAGUUCAGGUACCGCUGUCUUGGAGAAGUUCUGUCUUUGCAUGAAAUUGCUAAUGAUACACAGAUUAGGCAGAGGGCCAGUUCAGAAGAACCUCACCCUCAGCCUGCAUUGCAUUAGCCUGAAAACUGGGUCAUGUGGCUGUGGUCUACUCUGGUUCUCAGUGGGUCUUUCCUGCAUGAUCAUCUGUAGAUCUGUCCAGAAUGACUUGAAAUGAGUCUGCUAAAGCCUCACUUCCCUUGUCCAUAAUCUCAUCCUCAGGGUUUGCACUGCCCUUGCACAGUGUGUGUCUCACCUCUGUUAAAUAUUUUACAAUUCCCUGCGGUUAGCCCCCCCCCCCUGAACGGGGAAAACGGCUGAUUUGCUGUGUGUUUCGAUAAUGCUUCAUGCAUGACCCGGGAGGAGGGGAAAGUGUGUUGAAAUGUGACCAAAGUAAUAAAUAUGUGAAAUAACGUAAA